CCUGCGCUCGGCGCCAUGAGCGGCGGCGGGCCUUCGGGAGGCGGCCCUGGGGGCUCGGGCCGGGAGCGAACCAGCUCGUUCGCGGAGCCAGGCGGCGGAGGCGGAGGCGGUGGCGGUGGCCCUGGGGGCUCGGCCUCUGGCCCAGGCGGCACUGGCGGUGGGAAGGCGUCGGUCGGUGCCAUGGGUGGGGGCGUGGGACCCUCGAGCUCCGGGGGUGGCCCCAGCGGCAGCGGCGGAACAGGCAGCGGUGGCCCCGGCGGCCCCGGCGCGGGCACUAGCUUCCCGCCGCCCGGAGUGAAGCUGGGCCGUGACAGCGGGAAGGUGACCACAGUGGUAGCCACUGUAGGCCAAGGCCCAGAGCGCUCCCAAGAGGUGGCUUACACAGACAUCAAAGUGAUUGGCAAUGGCUCCUUUGGGGUUGUGUACCAGGCACGGCUGGCAGAUACAAGGGAACUGGUGGCCAUAAAGAAGGUUCUUCAGGACAAGAGGUUCAAGAACCGAGAGCUGCAGAUUAUGCGUAAGCUGGACCACUGCAAUAUUGUGAGGCUGUGGUACUUUUUCUACUCCAGUGGGGAGAAGAAAGAUGAGCUUUACCUAAAUCUGGUGCUGGAAUACGUGCCCGAGACAGUGUACCGGGUGGCUCGCCAUUUCACCAAGGCCAAGUUGACCAUCCCUAUCAUCUAUGUCAAGGUAUACAUGUACCAGCUUUUCCGGAGGUUGGCCUACAUCCACUCCCAGGGUGUGUGUCACCGUGACAUCAAGCCCCAGAACCUGCUGGUGGACCCCGACACUGCUGUCCUCAAGCUCUGUGAUUUUGGCAGUGCGAAGCAGUUGGUCUGGGGGGAGCAUGUCUCCUACAUCUGUUCUCGCUACUACCGGGCCCCGGAGCUCAUCUUUGGAGCCACUGAUUAUACCUCGUCCAUCGAUGUGUGGUCAGCUGGCUGCGUACUGGCUGAGCUCCUCCUCGGCCAGCCCAUCUUCCCUGGGGACAGUGGGGUGGACCAGCUGGUGCAAAUCAUCAAGGUACUGGGAACACCAACCCGGGAACAAAUCCGAGAGAUGAACCCCAACUACACGGAGUUAAAGUUCCCCCAGAUUAAAGCUCACCCCUGGACAAAGGUGUUCAAAUCUCGGACACCACCCGAGGCCAUCGCGCUCUGCUCAAGCCUGCUGGAGUACACGCCGUCCUCGAGGCUCUCCCCACUAGAGGCCUGCGCCCACAGCUUCUUUGAUGAACUGCGAUGUCUCGGAACCCAGCUCCCCAACAAUCGCCCGCUUCCCCCCCUCUUCAACUUCAGUCCUGGUGAACUCUCCAUCCAACCGUCUCUCAAUGCCAUUCUCAUCCCUCCUCACUUGAGGUCCCCGGCGGGCACUACUUCCCUCACCCCAUCCUCACAAGCUUUAACUGAGACUCAGACCGGCCCAGACUGGCAGGCGCCUGAUGCCACACCUACCCUCACUAACUCUUCCUGAGGGCCCCACCAACUACCCUUCCACGUCCAUCUGGGAGCUCCAAGUGGGGCUGGGAAGGGGGGCCAUAGCCCAUCAAGCUCCUGCCCUGGCUGGGGAUCUAGACUAGAGGGCAGAG